GCACUCCAAGCUCCAGAUCAAAAACUACUUGGAAAGCAUCACUCUGGAGCAGUUCCGCGAGUUUUGGAAAAAGAAGGAGCGCAAGGCCCAGCAGCAGAGUGCCGGCAGUGCCAACAAGAAGGACAAGAAGAAGAAUAAAAAGAAGGCCAAGAAGAAAGACAAAAAGCGAAAGGCGGUGGCAGCGAGUGCUGAUGAGGGCGAUUGA